AUGUGCGAUUACGUUGAAGUCAAUUACGAGUGUAGCCAUAUCCGGCUUCUAGUCAGAGCAUGGUGCGUUGUGUAUCAGAAAACACAGAAACGAUGUCCUCCAAAUAUUGUUGCAAGCGAAAGUCGACCUGGGGAUAAGUGCGCAACCCGUCUAUACGGCCAAUAUCCUAUCCUUUAUGUCUUCAAUUGA